GUUCGUUCAGUGAGUUAGGAAGAAAACUGUUUGCAUUCCAAUCUCUCUCUCGUCUGGAAGACAGCAUGACCAAAUUGGGGCUAUAGUUAUCUUCGGCUCUGGAAUUUAUUUGUUGAAGACUGAAGUCUAAGGCUUGUUGUUAUUUUUCUUGGACACAUAUCCUACUUGGCUAUUUUCAUAGAAUAUUUAUUUCGGUUUUUUUCUGCUCUGAUUUUAGUGCAUAAUUCUAUUAUCUGACAUAUUUUGUGGAGAGAACACUAGAAAGCUCGCGCAGAGGUGUUGGACUAAGCUGCAGUUUUGAGUUAAAUGAAAACAGGAGAGGAGGGGAAACAGAGAAGUCAUCUGCUUCAUCUGAACAAAGACGCAGAAACAGAAACUCAUGGGGCUGGGAGAGGCUUCAGCGAGAGGGACAGCCAUGGACAGAGACUGUCUCAGCUGCAUCAAAUACCUCAUGUUUGUCUUCAACUUUCUCAUCUUCCUGGGAGGCUCCUUCCUCCUGGGUGUGGGUGUGUGGGUGCUGGUGGACCCUACAGGCUUCAAGGAGAUCGUAGCAGCCAACCCUCUGCUCUUCACAGGAGUUUACAUCAUCCUGGCCAUGGGGGGAAUGCUUUUCCUAUUGGGAUUCCUGGGCUGCUGUGGAGCCAUCCGGGAGAACAAGUGUCUGCUGAUGUUUUUCUUCAUGCUCAUCCUGGUCAUCUUCCUGGCGGAACUAGCUGCAGCCAUCCUGGCCUUCAUAUUCCGGGAGCAUCUGACCAGAGAGUACUUCACGAAGGAGCUGAAGAGGCACUACCAGGGCUACAAUAACACUGAUGUCUUCACUGGAACGUGGAACGCUAUCAUGAACACUUUUGACUGCUGUGGCGUGAACAGCCCGGUGGACUUUGAGGAGAGCCUGUUCAGACUGAUCAACCCUAAUGAGAUGGUCCCUGCAGCCUGCUGCAGGAGGGGUAGUCACCCCGGAGACUCAGCCUACAUCCCCCAGGAGGAGUGUCUGAUGGGGAACAUGCUGUUCAGAAACAACAAGGUGCUGGGCUGCUACUCAGCGGUGGUGGACUACUUUGAGCUGUACAUCUAUGUGGCUGGAGCGCUGGCCAUCGUGGUACUCACCAUUGAGCUGUUUGCCAUGGUCUUUGCCAUGUGUCUCUUCAGAGGUAUCCAGUAGGAUUAUCGCACCGUACACCGGACAGGAGGACUUUUUGGAGCUACAAAAGGGAAAUCAGGAGAAGGGAAAGAAAACAUGUACACUUGUAAAUGUAUUGUCCUCUUUUAUAUCUGCAAAAUGUAUUGAUUGGUUGGAAAACAAAACAAAACGACACUCAGAAAACAAACAACUUGUACUUCUCAGCUGGACCUUUGAGGUAUUUGGUGGAAAAAAAAUAAAUGAUAGAAAGAGAAAAAGACAAGAACGACAGGAAAACGUAUGUAAAGUGAAACAGAUGUUUCAUGGACCAGGUCUAACACAGACCGGGUGUAUAGUAGUGGAACGCGAAGAGGACCUGGGUGAAACCAGGCGUGGUGAAUAAGAGGACCCGGUUGAAGCCUGCCCUGCAGCAGAAGUAGCUUGAGACCCAGAUCUGUUUGUGCUGUCUUGCUAGCUAACUGGGACUCAGGCUAGAGCAGAAGACACUGCACUGACUUUUGGAUGAAGAAUAUUUAUACUUACUGAGUAAAAAGUUGGCUUGACUAAUAUAGAAAUAUGUGUUUUAUGUACACUUUAGCUGUUCCUUCCUAUUACCACUUCUCCCUCCCCCGAUCCCCCGCCCUUCCAUCUACUGAUACCACAAUUCCUCCAUCUUUCCCACUCCCUCCCUCCACAUACUAUUGUUAGAGCCUUACCUCUUUAAUGCUGUUAAAAGUCCCAUCUAUACUGUGUGUGUGUGUGUGUGUGUGUGUGUGUGUGUGUGUGUGUGUGUGUGUGUGUGUGUGUGUGUGUGUGUGUGUGUGUGUGUGUGUGUGUGUGUGUGUGUGUGUGUGUGUGUGUGUGUGUGUGUGUGUGUGUGUGUCCUUGUAUGAAUGAAUGCAUGUGUGCAUGUUGCCCCUUUUGACCAUUCGAGCUUGAAAGCCAACUUCUGAUAAAAUAUUGUAUUUGUAUUGUGAUGUUCAUUGCAUUUGUGGUUACAUGUGGCUUAGGUGAAAAUAAUUGUAUUUGUAUGCAUUUGUAUUAGAUUCUUGAAAAGACAAUGACAUUAAAAUGUUCUAAAUGUU